AAAGAGGAUUAGCCGACUGUGGAUAACCCUGCGAAACAAAAAAAAAAAAAAACAACUUUGGAUAAUUUGUCCCAACCAAAAAAAGUAAAAUCGCUAUAAAAAUCUCAAUAACUUCCUAAAAUCUUACACACACUCACUUCAAUUCACUUUUCAAUAUCCAAUCAAAGCAAUGAUUCUACAAACUACAACCUAUUCCUUCACAUUUUCAUCUCAACCCAUUUCAAGAAACAAUUUUUUCUUCAAAAAUCUCACCUUUUUCACUUCUCCUUUGUUGCCUAAAUCUUUUUUACCAAAUCUUGAUUGCAAGUUCUAUUUGGGUAAUAAAAGGAGUUCAAUCUUGAGUGUUGGUAGUGUAAAAAGUGAUUCAAGAAUCAUUCAGGCUACUUUGCUUGAAGCUCCUGUUUUGUGGGCUGGUAGAGUUUGUGUGUUUUAUGUACUCUUGAAAGCUGGUUUAGCUGGAUCUCCUUCUAAUCCUAUUGUCUCAGAUUUGGAGACUGGGAAUGCUGAUUUGGGUUUUGCCAAAUGGUUUGAAGAGUUACAAAGCAAACCAGAGAAGGAAGCUACUGACAGAAGGAAAUUAGUGAGCAAAUGGCAUCCUACCACAAAGGGGACUCUACGUCGAAAUUACAGGGUACCAUCCAAAACUGAAGGACGCCGCCUUCUCAGAUCCAUCGCAUCCUUGCUAUCAGAUGAUGACCACUUUAGAGAUGCCACUUCUCACAAGGGUUGUCAGAUUAGGAGGGAGAGUGCACAUGGAGAAAGUGUAUGUUGCAACAACGUGCGAGCAUUGUUUGAUGAACUCCCUACACCACAUCUUAUCGUCGAGAUCACCCCUUUCCCAGCGGGUCCUCUAACAGAAACUGAUUAUGCAAAGGCUGAAAAACUAGAGAGGGUACUUAGAUCAGGUCCUUCUGUCUGAUUAAAGAGUGUCAUGUUAAAACUCCUUUUUGUAUGUAUGUCUUCUCUUUGUACAUAAGCAAGAAAACAUCUUCUAAUGCUUUAUUUUCCAGGCUUAUCCAUUCUCCCAUUUCUCAACUAAA